UAAAGUUGGCCAAAGGACAUGAAUAAAAAAAUCGAGGGGGAAUAUAUAAUCAUCGGUCGACAUAGUUUAGUUCUCGUGAAAGAUAUAUUUUAUCGAAUUGAACCGUGUAUGAUCAUGUAAAACACGUGGUAGUGCAUGAAAGCUGGCGUUUCGUUCGAACUUAUGUGUCAAGUGACCUUUUAUCCCAUAAACAAUAUAAUUCCGGUUGAAGAAAGUCCCACGUCCCACCGAGCGUCUGAAAGACGUUUUUCGCGAAUAGUGAGAAAAGGAUGUAAUUGAGAGUGUUAGUGGGUUAACAUAAUAAAACAUAUUCAUUCGACGAAAAACAUACGCACAUUGAAUCUCUUGUGUACGGUUAUUGAAGAUAGCGCGAAGCACAAGGAUUCACAUCAGUCUCGAUAACGAUGUUGGACGGCGUCAAGCAUAUACUACUCGUACUUUCCGGUAAAGGUGGUGUAGGGAAAUCGACGGUUAGCACCCAACUAGCCCUUGCCUUAAAGGUUUCUGGUUUUAAAGUUGGUAUAUUGGACGUCGAUCUGUGCGGUCCUAGUGUACCCUACUUAUUAAAUUUAGAAGACAAGGAUGUUCACCAAUCUUCUGAUGGAUGGGUACCGGUUUACACGGAUACAGAACAGAGGUUGGCUGUAAUGUCCAUUGGCUUCCUCUUGAAAAAUCGCAACGACGGAGUAGUUUGGAGGGGUCCAAAAAAAACGAGUAUGAUCAAACAAUUUCUUAAUGACGUUGUAUGGGAGGAUCUUGAUUAUUUAAUUAUCGACACUCCACCUGGCACUUCGGAUGAGCACAUAACAGUCAUGGAAAAUUUGCGUGAUACGAGAUGCGACGGAGCCGUUAUAGUGACGACUCCACAAGCGGUUGCAGUGGACGAUGUUCUGAGAGAAGUGACGUUUUGUCGAAAAACAGGCAUUCCCAUAAUUGGCAUAGUCGAAAACAUGAGUGGAUUCGUUUGUCCUACAUGCACGGAAUGUACAAAUAUAUUCUCGUCAGGGGGUGGGAUAGCUCUAUCAGAAAUGGUGAAAGUACCGUUUCUCGCGAAACUUCCGAUUGACCCUGCAAUGGGAAGACUGGCUGACAGAGGCCAAAGUGUCCUCGAAACUUUACCGGACAGUCAGAUUGCACAAGUUUUCAGAAAAUUGGUUGAGGAAUUGACAAAAAGUAAAGAGGCAUGAGGAAAAUGCGUAUACUCGUCAAACAGAAUGUAUUUACUUUUUUAUAAACUAACGUCGGAUUCAUAAUUUUAUGCGGUCUAAAGAAUCAUGAUUUUUCUAUCUAUAAUACAUUGUACAGAAUCAAAAAUAAAUCGUAUUUUCUAUCGAAAUGAAAA